CACCUGAUCACGUUAUCGAUAUUCAUUCUAGAAGCUUUUAUAUAUCACCCAUCCCUGCUGUGAAUGUAGUGUACCUGCGUCAAGAGUAAUGUAUGCCGGGUGCUUUCCCACGAAGGAUGCCUUCGAAAGCUGCACAUUUCCGACGUGUAACUGGAUUUCGAAGAGUACCCACCGGAACGUGUAAUCCUACACAAUGCUUCCUAUAGCAUGAAUAAAAUGGGUGUCCCUUGCCUUAUAGUCUCGAAGCUGCUCUCAUCUUGUGUGUAUGUCCCAUGAAUAUUUCUCUCCUGCCACGUAUCAUUGUAUUCUAUGUUGGCUCAGUCCCAGAAUGCGCGCUUCAGGUAUUGUAUGUACACGCCUUUGUUCCUCCCAUCAUGCUCUUCUACAACUGCCUAAUCCAGCCUUGGAAGGAUAAUGCGCUUGAAAUGCGGACAUUAAACGAUGUCUGAUCAGUGUCGUUGUGCUCCGUUUACGCAAGCUUUCUGUCCACGUCGGCGGGAUCAUCUCACCUGCCGCGUUGGGCUAAGCGCUUUGAUACCUUGAACCUCAGAUUCUUCCUAAUGCUCGGAAAUGGCGAGAUAGGUUUGGUGAAGCUUUCGGUUGUCAUGCCAUGUUUCCAUGAUGG